CAACCUUCACAAUCGCCCGUCCUAUCGCAGCAACAGCUUCAGCAACAUCACCAUGCACAACAGCUAGCAAAAGGGGGUCACUUUCAAGGCACCAGUAAACAACAACAACAGCAGCAGCAGCAACAGCAUCAGAACUCGAUGGGCCCUAUUGUUGAACAGGGUCAGCUGGUUGUUAAUCAACAUCACCACCAUCACCACCAGCAGCAGCAGCAGCAGCAGCAACAGCAACAGCUGCAUCAUCAGCAGCAACAAUAUUUCCAAGAGCACCAUGCUCACCCUUCGGCUGGUCUACACCAUCAAUCCCAGCAGCAACAGCAACAGACACCUCAUUCGCAUCAUUCCGCCAUGGGUCAUGGCACUUUAGCGCAUCAUCAUGGACAACUCCAGGGCCAUUCGCAAACGCCACAAACGUCCGCGAACCCGCACAUGCCCCACCAUUCGCAUCAUCAUCAUCAACAACAACAACAACACCAUCUUCAGCAGCAGCAAAUGCAACAGCAGUACAACCCCAAUCUACCGCUUCACCCGCAACAUUCGCAACAUCAUCCGCAUGCACCGGGACCACCGCAGCAGCAACAUCCCGCCAACCAGCAACAACAGCAGCAGCAGCAACCCGGUAUGCCAUACAACCCAAAUCCAACGCAGGGCGGUACCAGUAAUAGUGAGCAGCAAGUUGGUGGUGGCCCAGCCAACAAUGCACCAAACAGUGCGCUCCCGGCGGAUAUAUCGAAAACCCCGAACAAUCUACCAUUCGUCGACAGUUUCACUGAAUCGAUCGACUACCUGCAGCAAUCCUUUCAGUAUGUGUAAUCAUGAUGUACGGUUGUUCUGAGCAGCCUUCUUGUCCCCCUCGCCGGGGUGUUUGCAUUUAUCUUUUGAGGUGCUUCUUAGCUUAGUAAGCCGAGAGCGCGCAUAGAGAACGGCGAUCGAAGGGCUAGUGCAAUCGAGCAUUGCUGAAAAUGCUGCUAACUCUUCAUGAUACGUACGAACGAAAUGGCAACAGAGGAAGUAUCCUGCACUGCAAGCAAGCAGCACUUCUUCCUUCCAACCAUCUAUGUUUUUCGCGCAGCGAUGCGCAUACUAGUUGUUGUAUAUUUGUUUUCUUUUGCCUUUAAUGCGUUUAUUUAUACUCUAGUGUGUAGAAGACAGGGGGCGUGGGAUGGCAAAUCAAAAAUCAAAGGCUACGUGUUGCAUGAUGCGACGCUUUCGAACGCGCACGCGAAUAGCAUUAGAUGGAGGCGGCAAGGGAAGCAGAUAGAUGCUACCGGGAGAAGGAAACCGGGCGCAUGGGUGUAAAUUGUAAAAAAGUGAAGAUGUAAACCCCGGUUUUAACUAGAUUUAGCUAACGAAUGGAUCACAGCUGUCCUUACCCCUGCACCCCUCCCUCUGCGCUUCAUUUUUUUAUCAUUGAACUUUUUAUUGUGUCCCUUCAGUUAAUUGACCUCCCGUGGUGGGUACUGCUGUGAUACGCCCCAUUCGACACACAUUACAUAUUAAGUUGUUUGUUUUCAUGUCUUUUAUUACCUUUUAGAGCUUUACAUAUACUUUUAUUAAUUUAGUAAACGCGGUGCAGUCCAUUAUGAUGUAAAUUGCAUUGCGUGUCGCAAGGGGUUGCACUAUCCCAGAGCGCGGAGGCUGCCUGCAUUCCUCAGCCUUUUCCUUCAUCAAAGAAAGCCUCGAAAAGUGGGAUUACCACACCGCGGUCUUUAAUCAUAGUAGCCUAUCAUGUUUCUAUAAGAAACGCCUCGUCUCACCCUUUCUAUUCUCUCCUUUCAAUAGAUGAUCCAGCAAUGCAAAGGCUACUACUUCUUUCCUAUAGCAGAUGCAUUUGCAUUUCGUCUACUAUAUUCAUAUUUUUCUUCUUAAGAGUAUAUUGCUUUCGCCAUUACUUUCCGAGACAGAUCAGUUAAAUAUUAUGGAAUAAGUGUUUAGGUACGAUGCGCGAAUGUACUGGGCGGCGUUUCGUGUUCGCAAUACUAACGACAUAAAUUGUAUAAUGUAAAAAAGUGGAAUAAUCUCUCAAAACCCGUCACACAACUAGAUACACAUAAUACACAAACAGUUGGUCCCGAUGCUGGGCAUUACUGAGACAAAUUCCAAUCCUCCUGAUCAUGAUCUCCUUUUUACGAACAAACAUACCGGAUGUGACGGUAGAGUGUGUACCGAGAGGUAGUAAUUCAGAGCAUGGUCCUUGUUUCUCUCAUCCACCUCUCCAGCCCAUCAUCGUCACCAUCCCCUUGGACCAUGAACCUUUGAGCAUCAUAAAUAUGAGCCUUUCUGAGUGGGGAACGUAGGAUAAUAAGCAUAGAUUACAGCAACACCACAACACCACCAACAGUUUCAUGUACAGCCAGUGAUGAGCAGGCGGCGGUUGGGUACGAGAGGAAGGCUAUAAAAAGAAAGAAAAGUGUGUAUGUGGACGGAGGGCGGAAUAGAAUUAGCAAGCAAACAUUCUUUUUUUGUACCGACAAAAGACGACAUAUUAAAAGCCUAGAGCGAAUCUAUAUAAAUAAAUAUAUAAAUGUAGAAGCAGCAGGCAAGCAUAAUACCACAUACCUUUGAUGGAAUGGAACCGCCGGUAGUGUGCGCAAGCAGAAUGAAGAAAAGUGUGUUUGCAUUUAGCAGCAACAUCUGUGGCGGAUUCCUCUCAUACUCCAAAUACUCUUAUCAUCCACAUAGAGCAGAUUACGCAGCAUCUAUUUUACAAAAAAACGGAAAAAGAAAAGAAGAAGCCCAUUCGUUCUCAAUGGCUCUUAAAUCGUCAUUCAUUUCCAUCCCCUAACUCAUAGUAAGCCACUCUUACCCACACCCAAAACACAUCAUAGAGUAGUGCGGGUGCAGGAGCAAUCGUAUCCCCAGGGGAUACGAUCGGCGGCGAUUUGGACGUCGUGGUAUCGUGGCCCCUAAACACAUGUUGUAACAUAUAUGGUUUAAAGGAUAAUGUAAAGAAGCAGACCCCGACACAGCAGAGCAGAGUAGGCAACGCAUGCAAAACGUGCAGCAAGCACACACAUCAUCUCUAUGGCAAUGUAAACACGCGAGAUCCGCGACGCCACCCAGAGGGCAAUGCAAAGAGGGGGCAACACAAAUUAAAUUAACUAAUGUACUAUUAUAUACACUAUUAUUAUUAUUAUUAUGAUUAUUAUGGUUAUUGAUUAUCAUUAUGACGAUUAUUGCAAAUAAAUGCUAAAACAGAAACAAUAAUUAUGGAAGAACUACAUGCAGGACGAUUCGAGAUUAACAGUGCCUUUUAUUAUCGUGGGUAAAAUGGGUGCCUUACAGCGAAUUACUCAACAGUAAUCAUCCGCCUUCUACAUCAAGGACAUCAUAUGUCGUGUUCUUUCCUUUUCGCCUCGUCCGUUUAAAAAGGAC